AUGAAAUCUACGAAACAAGAUACAUUUCUUAUUGGACAUGCUCGAAGAAUGCGUAAAUGUCGGCAAAGACAACAGGAAAGUGAUCCCGAAGCAUAUAGAAAUCGUGUGCGAAAACAGAAAAUUGAUUAUCGGUUACGUACAAGUUUUAAUGUUUUAUCAGAAAAUCAAGCAUUACAAAAAAAUGAAUCGUUAAUUAAAAAUCGUAAUAAGACAUUAGAACGAGUACGGCGUUUUCGGCAUAAUCAAUCAGAUCAGCAAAAAGAAUUACUACUAGCAAAGGAUCGAAAUUAUAAAUGCUUCAAACGUGAGAAACAACGAAUAGAUGACUCAAAUAAACAGAUGAAAAAUGAAACAAAUGUAACAUCUAAUUCGCUUCAUCCCAUUCCAAAUUGUCAUGUUAUUAAUAAGACAACAUAUAUCUUUUUUGAAUAG